AUGCUGCUUAGGAUGUAUAUGAGAUGGGGAGAGAAGCAACGGUACAAGACAAAGAUUGUUGAAAUGUCUGCCGGAGAGGAAGCAGGGAUUAAGUCAGCGACGCUUGAAAUCGAAGGGCGUUAUGCGUAUGGUUACCUUUCAGGGGAGAAAGGAACUCAUAGGAUUGUACGACAAUCACCAUUCAAUUCCAAAGGCCUUCGCCAGACAAGCUUUUCUGGUGUGGAAGUGAUGCCGCUUCUGCCUGAUGAAGCAGUGGGAGUUGAAAUACCAGAGGAAGACCUUGAGAUUACUUUCACGAGGGCAGGUGGGAAAGGAGGACAGAAUGUAAACAAGGUUGAAACUGCAGUUCGGAUUACUCACAUCCCUACUGGUGUUGCGGUCCGUUGCUCAGAGGAGAGAAGUCAAUCGGCGAACAAGACGAGAGGUCUGAGCAGACUAAAGGCGAAACUGUUGGUGAUUGCGGAGGAGCAACGUGCGACUGAGAUCAAGGAAAUUAGAGGAGAUGUAGUGAAAGCCGAAUGGGGACAGCAGAUCAGGAACUACGUGUUUCAUCCGUACAAACUGGUUAAGGAUGUCCGAACAAGCCAUGAAACUUCUGAUAUCACAUCUGUAAUGGAUGGUGACUUAGACCCUUUCAUCAAAGCUUACCUCAAGCAUAAGUACACUUUAGCCAUGGCUUCUGCUGUAGCUAAUUAG